GUAACCUACCCUUAUUCGUAGUUUACCCUUGCAAAAUGGCAACAAUUCAGAGCUACGUCUUACGUAACUGUAAAAGAGGUUUUAUUGAUAUUUUAAGACGCUCAAAAAAUACAGCAGCAGCUUCUGCUGGCAAGGAACAGAGCAAAGAGGGAAAACAAGAAAAUGCAACAUUCAACUGGAAGGAUGCACUGAACUUGGAGCAUUGUCUGACAGAAGAGGAGAUCAUAGUCAAAGAUCAGUUCAAAGCAUACUGUCAGCAGAAACUCAUGCCAAGGAUUACAUUGGCCAACCGAAAUGAAACUUUUGACCCUGCCAUUAUGCGUGAGAUGGGUGAGCUUGGAGUUUUGGGUCCAACCAUCACAGGCUAUGGGUGUGCUGGCCUUUCAUCUGUUGGCUAUGGUCUGAUCACCAGAGAGUUAGAGAGAGUUGACAGCAGCUACAGGUCAGCCAUGAGUGUCCAGUCCAGUCUGGUCAUGUGGCCCAUAUAUGCCUACGGCUCAGAAGAACAGAGACAGAAAUAUCUUCCCAAAUUAGCCCGUGGUGAAUUGAUUGGAUGCUUUGGCCUCACCGAACCAAACCACGGCAGCAAUCCCAGUGGAAUGGAAACCACAGCUAAGUACAACUCACAGAAUAAAACAUACAAGCUGAAUGGUACUAAGUCAUGGAUCACAAGUUCGCCUAUUGCUGAUGUUUUUGUUGUCUGGGCAAAAUCCGAUGCUGACAAGAACAAAAUCCGUGGGUUUAUUUUGGAGAAAGGGAUGAAAGGCUUAAGCGCACCUAAAAUCGAAGGGAAGUUUUCGUUGCGUGCCAGCAUCACUGGGCAGAUUGUGAUGGAAGAUGUUGAAGUGCCGGAGGCUAACUUGUUACCCAACGCAUCUGGUCUUGCGGGUCCAUUUGGGUGUUUAAACAACGCCAGAUUUGGGAUUGCUUGGGGGACUCUGGGAGCUGCUGAGUUUUGUCUGGAAACAGCAAGACAGUACACUCUAGACAGGAUACAAUUUGGAAAACCUUUAGCUAAAAACCAGCUGAUACAAAAGAAAAUGGCUGACAUGUUGACUGAAAUUUCCUUGGGACUUUUUGGUUGUUUACAAGUGGGUCGUCUUAAGGACAAAGGCUUGGCCACACCUGAAAUGAUAUCACUGCUGAAGAGGAACAACUGUGGUAAAUCACUGGACAUAGCCAGACAGGCCAGAGACAUGCUGGGUGGGAACGGGAUUUCUGAUGAGUAUCAUGUGAUCAGACAUGUGAUGAACCUAGAGGCUGUCAACACUUACGAGGGUACACAUGAUAUCCAUGCCCUUAUUCUUGGUCGUGCCAUCACUGGUCUUCAGGCCUUCACAAGUGAUUAGUUUACACAGACUUCUAUAAUGCAGUCAGUUAGUCAUUUUGUUUGCCUUUGUUAAUGGGAUUAUGUAGGGCAGUCAAUAAGUUUGAAUCUCUAGUGUAUUACUUGUUGGUUUGUAUUCAAGAUUUGGGAUAUUAGAAGAAACGUUAAAUCAGAAUGUACUCCAAUAUCAAAAUGUCUUAUUUUAAUUCAAAUUAAUGCAUCUUAUAAAAUAUAAGAUACAUGGAAUAUUAAUGUAACUCAAGUUGAUUUUGAUUGUUGUAAAUUUAAUUUGUUUUUAUUUUCGGUAUUGUAAAAUAAAAUAUAUUGUUGAUAAUUUGCUGGACAAAAACAUUUAUAAUGGUUGUUUCCCUUGUUUUUGAGCUCUCUAGUCUAAGAUCAACUGAUGACCAGAAGUUUGAUUUGCAUUUACUAUGAAAACAAUGGAAAUAUUGCUGAGUGCAUGUUUUUUUUAGCUAUGUAUGAAAUGAGAAUACAAACAAUAUUAUAAUCACAGUUGUGUGGAAAAAUAAUUCCUAGAGUAAUGUUUGCCAUGUUAAAAUUGUAUAAACACAAUGCCUUAAUCUGUAAUUAUACUGAUUAAAAUAUAAAAUUGUU